AUGGGAGGUGUGCUGCUGGCUGCUCUUCUGGCUCUAGUCUCUGUGUCCAGGGCCCAGGCCGUGUGGCUGGGCAGGCUCGACCCCAAGCAGAUAAAGGGGUGCCUCCAAGGGCUGAGGGCCUGGCCCCCUCUCACCUGCCCCUCUUCCGUCCAGCUCCUGGGGUCCUGGUACGUGCUGGCCAAGGCCUCCGGGGAAAGGGGCUUUGCGGUGGAGAAGGCCACGAAGAACAUUGAGGGGGUCGUGGUGACCCUCACUCCAGAAAACAACCUGAAAAUGCUGUCCUCCAGGCACAGGCUGGAGAGAUGCGACCUGAACGUGGUGGAGCUGCUGAGGCAGGACGCCGGCUGGGUGUUUGAGAACCCCGCGCUGGGCGUGGUGGAGUUCCGGGUGCUGAGCACCGACUUCAGGGACUACGCCGUGGUCUUCACGCAGCUGGAGUUCGCCGACGAGGCCUUCAGCACGGUGGAGCUGUACAGUCGGUCGCAGCUGGCCAGCCAGGAGGCCAUGCGCCUCUUCACCAAGUGGAGCAAAGGCCUGGGCUUCCUGUCGCAGCAGCAGGCCGAGCUGCAGAAGGACUUCACCUGUGCGCACAAGGCCUUCCAGGUAAGCUUCCCCCAGAACGUCACCUGGGGAUCCCUGCACGGCAGGAGGAGCCAGGGGGCCCGGGGAGCUCCCACAUCCCAGUGGGCAGGGGGCCCCUUGCCCCAGCCUGAGGGGCUGGUGGCUCCACUGCCGUGA